AUGGCUGAAAAACUGAACAUCGCAAAGCAACAAGAAGGAACGGUAGAAGAAUCUAGCGGCGUUGACAGUAAGACAGAGGCAAACCAGCCAACUCAGGAAGAAUUUCAACGUCUCUUGGAUAGUACCCAAUACGCGAUACCUUCGGAAGACGAUUCCAACUCUGCCUUUAUCCCCGACAUCAUAGUUGGGAAAAAGAAGAAUAAGCAAAAGGUAAAAAAGGAUCCACAAGCAAAGAUUGAUGCAGAACGAGCUGCAGCCGAGCAGAAGCGUCAGGACCAAGAAGCCAAAAAGAGACAAAACGCCCAGCGACUCUACUUCGAACCACUAAUAAAUGUCCAGACAAACCAAGCUAUGGGCACGAUUGAAGCGGCAAAAUUGGUGCCUUGGGUGCCACCGUAUCUAAAAGAUUGUCUCAUGGUCAUUGUGGAUCCUCGUCCCAAUUCGGCGGUUUUUCGACAGUCGAUUCAAUACCUUGGCUCUGCUGCUGUGGAACAACUGCAGGUGGAACAAUCCAAGAAAAAGAGGGAUAACAGUGAUCGUAAAUCCCAACGAACAAUUCAAGAUCAAGUCAUUUUUAUCACUGCGGAUUCGACAAAGGAAAUGCAAGCUUGGUUGAAACGGUCCAAGACAGAGUCCCCCAUUCAAAUAUUCUCGGAUCCAGAUUUAGCCUGGAUGAAUCAAUACAAAGCUUCCGAAGGAUGGUUCAUGUCCAUGUUGACCUUUGAUACUGAUGGAGCCAUUGUAGAAAACAAUGUCAACAUUCAAUCUUCCAGUGUGACACAAUUGGUCUUGGAUACUCUGGAGAUCAUGUCGGAAGCAGAAGCAACGUGA